AUGUCAGGGAAUGAGGUAGAAUUUACGGGGAAUUUAGGGUAUAAUGGGCAAGAGCUGUCGCUUAACUAUUUCACUUACCAACCUGAUGCUACGAGCAUUUCCAAUGCAGAACUAGCGGUGAUUUUCAAACUAUUAAGCAAGAAAGAUCCCAAGACUAAAGAGAAGGCAUUGAAUGACUUGCUAUUGUAUAUAAAAGAAGAAGGUGAAGUUGACGAGAAAGCAGUUGUAUGUUGGACCAAAUUGUACCCCAAGAUUGCCAUUGACAACUCCAAAAGUGUACGUUCCUUGGCACAUCAGAUCCAGGGCGCCUUAUUGAAGUAUCUCGGUGGGAAGAGGUAUGGCAAAUAUUUGAAAAGUAGUAUUCCCAUAUGGUUAAUGGGAGCAAAUGAUCAAGACAAGAGUGUUGCGGCGGUUGCCUAUGGCUCCUUGUUGGAGAAUUUUCAAGGCGACGCAACUAAAGUUGACAAGACAUUUGAGAUUUUCCAAGAACAAAUAGUGAACUUGGUGGGAACAGUGGUAACUAUUGAAACAACUGAAACCUUGGCUGAUGCGAGAUACACUAGUGAGUCCGAGAUGCAAAUCAAAUAUGAUAGGGUAUUGUGCGCGAGCAUAUCUUUGCUUUUGAAAGUAAUGGAUCUUAACCCGCUGGCAGCGGUGAAUACCAUUUUACAAGCGGAAACGAUAUGGAGCAGAUUAAUUUCAAGCAUCAAGGGAGAGACAAUGAAUUUAUCAUUAUUCACAGCAAUAUUGGCUCUAAUAUUGCUGUUGUUUUCAAAAUCAAAAACUUCAGCAAACACCGAGUUGGACGUUAAGUCGUUGUAUAAGAUAGUAUCCAAGACGGUACUCAAAGUCAAAUUCAAUAAAAACGUGCAACCGGUAAUAUACUCGUCUGUGAUCAUCCCUUUUUGGCAAGUACUCCUUCAACUUACGCGAUUUGGCUUUCAACAUGAUCUAAAAAAAAAUAUUUGGGAUAUGGGUGGUGGUAAAAGCUUAGCUAGAUUUCAUGACUAUCUUGAACUUGGAGCUUGUGAUCUGGCGCCUGCUUAUUUCAAUUUGGUUGCAAGUUUGAUGACGGAGAUCAAGAACUGCAGAUUAUCAGUUCUUGAUUUCAGUAACUUACUGGAGUGUGAAAUUUGCACAAAGAGCCUUGUGAACCAGUUUGAGCGACUUCGGGAUAGUUUCAAACCUUCUUGCUUAGGAGCAUCUUUUAAAAUCGUUCAAUUGUUUGAUGUAGAUAGGAUGCCAUUUUUGGUGGACAUUGUUAAAAAGGCAUUAACAGCUUUUGCAAAGACUAGGUUGCAAACAAUCAGGGAAGAAAUCAAGAAACAGCUUAUCGACAAUCAGAGUAUGAUAGAAUUCAAAGAUGUGUUUAGUGAAAUUGAUGAGAUGAUCAAAGGUGAUAUUUCAUCUCCUCUACACAACAACAGCGCAAAGUUUAUUGAUGGAUAUUUUGAAAUUUUACAAUCUCUCGGCUUGCGGGAUAACUUGAAUAGUCUUGUUGACUUUAGUAUCAGUGAGUACGAAAAUCAACGCGUUGGUGCGUCAGUACCUGUCCAUUUUGUUAGCGCAUACAUUGACCGUGAAAAUGCUUUGACAUCUAAAGUUGAACAAUUUAUAUUCAGGUUACCAAACAUUAUUGCUGAACAAGACAUGACUGAGCGCUCUAUACAAUUAUUGCAAAUGGUCAAAACCAAGGAGAUUUUGGAAGAGAAUGACUUGGCUGAUAUUAUUAAUGAAUCCUUUGCCAAGCUUGAAUUGAAUGGGCCCAAUUUUAGAGAUGAUUUUAUACGGGGUAUGAAUAUUGAUAUUGAUGAGUCUUUGUACCCGGAAAUCUACACUUAUAUGAAUGAGAAGUUUACGGGAAAUGUGCAUGCAGAAGAUAUUGAGAAGUUUUUGCAAGCAGGUGACAAAACGAUUUUAUUGAAAUUGAUAAAAAAUCUCGACCCACUGUCUUUUGGAAUGUUCAUCGACUGUGUUUCCAAAUUGAAUAAGCUUGAUCUUGUUAUAGAUUUGGGAAUUGAAGAUGUGAUACAACUGGCUUGGAGCAAUGUUAAUGGUCUGAAGUCAUUUUUGGAGGCUUUGAAAUCGUAUGAGAAAAUCUAUCUUGAUUCAAUGCUUCAGUAUUUACUUUCAUGUACUUUGGAAUCAUCUCUUGAUGACCUUGUGAUAUUUGUUAGGGAUGGAAAACUCCCUUAUGAGGCACUUGUUACCACUAUCAGAACGAGUAUCAAUAACUUAUCCCCCUUUGAGAUUGCCAUUUCUAACUCAUUGGCGCUGUCCAUGUACAUCUGUGACUACAAACAAGACUCAUUUGAUCCAAAAGUUUUGAUUUUGGCCAAGUUUCUUGUCUUAUUGAACAAAGAAGAGCCAAACUGGCAAGCGUUGUCCGUAAUAGCUUGUGAGUAUGUUUCAGACUUUAUGAUUGCCCAGUUUGUAGAUCCGCUGGAGGAGAUUAUCUUGUUUGACAUUUUGGCAAAGAAACCAUCGAUCUCAUUUUCCAUAGACACGAUUAUAGUUUCGAUGACCAAAGAAGAGCAAAAUGACCCAAUAGUAGAGCUCACCAAAGGCAAUGAUUUAUAUGCCUUUUUUGCUGCACGCAGCUUGGCUAAGUCAAUUGAGGUAGCAUGCGAAUCUGCUUCACAGCUGCAAUUUGAGUCCUUGAAAAUAAACUUUCAACAGCUUUCCAAAACUCCCCUCAAAUUUGUUGCAUUUGUUACUGGGAUAAGCAAGUUUUGUGCAUCGCCAUCACUUGACCGUAUCAGGAACUACAUCUUCUCAGAGAUUUUGGCAGUCAAGAAGGAAGAAGAUAUUCUUUCAAGCGGGCUAAAAUGGAUCACCAUGCUCAUACCAUUUCUUGAUUUUGAUACUGAGACUGAGACCAAUACAGAUACUGGACUAUUCCCUAUAGUGAAAUUGACAAUGGUCUUGAACCAAAUUCAAAACUGGCUAGAUUCAUCAAUAGCGUAUGACUCUGAAUUUAUAGACUUGAGAAUCCAAGCGGUUAGAUUCCUCAGCUUGCUACCAUCCAAGCAAUCACAAUUGCCUGAUGUCUACAACGAGUUGGUCAACCGAUUAAUUGAAGAAAAUUUUGAAAUGGCAGCAGAUAGAAUAGAUCUCAAAUUUUAUACUUUGAAAAGUUAUUCGGCCCUUUUGAAAAAAACUAAUGUGGACUUGGAAAAUCAAAAUCAAAAAUUAUUAGAAAUAUUUACACAGUACGAGUACACCAACACGCAAGCUUGUAUUAUGGUUGAGCGGAUCCUUGAAAGAACCAUGCUUCAGCUGCGGUUUUCCAAUGGGGAAUUGAAUGCCCAAAAAGAAGAGUUUUUCAAGAUAUUAUCUAAAUCCAAGUCUGAGAUUGGAAUCAGAUUAUCUGCCUAUUACCUUUCUCAGGUGCUUGAAAAUGAAAAAAAUGAUUUUGUAAUUGAUUUUCAACUAUCAAAAGAAGAGGACAAGAAAGCUGUAUUGCCCCCUCAGUUGAUCCAAAUAGUAAACGAGUUCAAUGUCCUGGAUAAGCUUGAGAUUUUGAGGUACCUUCUAAGUUGGUUCUUGAUUACUAAUUUUUUCAAGAACGUUACCAUCAUGAUGCGAAAUAAUUACUUAAAUGAAUUGGUUACCACCAAAAACUUCCAGACUCUUUUAUAUUUCAUUUUUGAACAUAUUGAAAUGAGCAACAAGUUCUUUGACAGUUUGACGGAGGAAGAGAUACUGAGCUAUGAUGUUAUUAAGACUCACAAUUUUCAUGAUCUCGAAGGGGAAACGAAAUUGCUUGCGUUGUAUAUAUACUUCCAGUGUCUUCAAUACGCCGCGUUUCAAGUGCAGUUGUGGUUCAGAGAAAUCAGAGAUCGACAAUUACAAAUGAAAGCGGAAAAGAUUACCACAAAAUAUUUAUCACCACCUUUGAGAAAGGAGAUUUUAGAGCAAGUCAGUAAAGAAAAAGAUAAACUUCAAGGUAAAGAGGACAAUUUAUCUAUUAAGGUGAUUCUGAUUGCUAAUGAAAUUAGGACGAUGUACGUUGUUGAUGAUCAGAGAUUGGAAAUGGUAAUAAAGAUUCCACAACUGUACCCGUUGGAGAAUGUAAUUAUUGAUGGUCCAUCGAGAGUUGGAGUUAAAGAAAACAGAUGGAAGGCUUGGUUACUUGCGUCACAAAAGAUUAUUUCCAUAUCUAACGGAACAGUAGUUGAUGCAAUUGAAUUAUUUUGCAAAAACAUCAACCUCCAUUUCUCGGGAUUUGAAGAUUGUGCAAUUUGCUAUUCAAUUUUGCAUCAGGACUUAUCAUUGCCUUCAAAGACGUGUCAAACUUGUAAUAACAAAUUCCACGCUGCUUGUUUGUAUAAAUGGUUCAAAAGCUCCGGAAAUUCAACAUGUCCGCUUUGUCGUACAGCUUUUAAUUUCAAGUACAGGAGCUGA